AUGGCUUUCCGUGCACCCCCUACUAUUUUAGCAAGCCUGAAAGCACCACGAGCGACACAGCAGGUGAACAUCCCCACCAUUGAUCUGAAAGGAGGAAGCGUACACUACAAGGAUCAAGACUUGACGACGCGGAGGAACGUUGUGGAGCAGAUCAGAGAAGCGUCUGAGAAAUGGGGUUUCUUCAGAGUAACCAACCACGGGAUCUCGCUCGAGUUGCAGGAGAGGAUGCUUGGAGGGAUUCGUGGGUUUCACGAGCAAGACUUGCAAGUUAGGAAGCAAUUCUACUCUCGUGAUCACACUCGAAACUUUCUUUACUACACCAACGUUGAUCUCUUCACCUCUGCCUCAGCCACCUGGAGAGACACCGUUAUUUGUUAUACGGCUCCGGAUCCUCCCCGAUCUCAGGACUUGCCCGCCGUCUUCGGGGAUGUCAUGUUGGAGUACUCAAAGGAAGUGAUGAGUUUAGGUGAAUUGAUCUUUGAGCUUCUGUCAGAGGCUUUAGGAUUGAACACCUAA